GCAGCGGCAGCGCAGCAGACGGCGUAGUGGGCCGCCCCCGUGGGCCGCGCGGCAGCAGCAUCACCAGGAGCUGGAGGAGCAUCAGUGUGUGGCAAGGAGAGGAGAAGGGGACCGUAGUAGUAGUAGUAGUGUGUGUGUGCGCGUGUGCCGGGGGAGUCGGGCGGCAGGGUCGAUGCGUUGGAGACGGCGAUGUGCGGCCAGCGUAGCCGGCGGUCCUCCGCCUGCUAGUAGCGGAUAGAAACGUGUGCCGGCCGGGGUGCCCCGUCGCAGACAUGGGGCGCGAACCCCGGUCGUCGUCGUCGGCGACGGCGCGGCGUCCGCCGCCGGACCCGUGGAUCACGUCGCUGCUCUGGUGCCGGCUGCUGGCGAUCGCGCUCUUCUCGUUCGGGCCACCGGCGCCGGCAUCUGCCAGGGAGGCAUCGUUUCUGGGCGACGGCUUCGUGUCGCUAGAGCUGGAGGACGCUCGCGAGAGCACCGACCUGAGCCUGCGCUUCCGCACGGCGCGGCCCGACGGGCUGCUCCUGCUCGCUGCCGGGCCCGACGAUUACUGCCUGCUCCAGCUGGCCGGGGGUCGGCUGCGGCUGCGGCUCGAGCUGGGCGCCGGGGAGCCCGCGCUGCUCGAGAGCCCCGCGGGCGUGCGGCUCGACGACGGCGCCUGGCACUCGCUGCAGCUGCGCCGGAGGGGGGCGCUGGCGCUGCUCCUCCUGGACGGCGUGCACGAGGCGCGCGCCCAGCUGCCGCCGCGGUUCAUCCAGCUGGACAUCAAGUGGGGACUGUUCGCCGGUGGCCUGGGAGACUUCCAGGACCUCUUCCUCGGACACCUGCAGUCCUUCCGAGGGUGCAUGGCUGACGUGACCUUCAACGAGGUCGAGUUGUUCGAGACCGCGGCCGCGUCGUCGGUCGGCGUCGUGUGGGGCGAGUGCAGCGAGGAGUUCUCCGCGAGCCGCGACCAGCCCUUCAGCCUGGUGGAAGCGGACGCCUACCUGGCGCUGCCCAAGAUGAACGCGCGGACGGGCGGGUCCCUGGCCAUGGAGGUGCGCACGCAGGCGCCGUUCGCGCUGGUCGCCUACUGCGCCGGGCCGCCUUCCAAGGACGACUUCGUGGCCCUCGAAGUGAUCGACGGACAUCCCAUGGCGUCGCUCAACCAAGGAAACGGGGUAGUGACGCUUCGCAGUGAAGCAUCCGUCAACGAUGGCCGCUGGCACCGACUUAGUCUCCAGUUCGGCUCAUCCCAUGUAGAGCUCAGCGUCGACGGCAGUGCCGAAUCUCUGCGGACGGGCCUUGGCCGCAACCAGUUCUUUGACUUGUCGGGUCCGCUCUUCCUGGGCGGCCUCGACGUGUCCGCGCAGUCGCGCGCCGUGCUGCAGCAUGGCCUGCAAUCGGAGACCUCGCUUCGCGGAUGCCUGCGACACACGCGAGUCAACGACGCGCCCACCGGACUUCCAGACGCCCUCGUCACCAGAGGUCUCAAGCCCGACUGCGUCUGGGAGUUUCCGUGCCUUCAGGACCCGUGCGAGCCGGGUGCCCGCUGCGUCCAGGAGGGCACCGACGGCUUCAAGUGCCUCUGCGCCACCACCCCCGCCGCUUCCAAUGGUGCAGUCGGUGGUGGCCGCGUCGACUGUGUUAGGACUAACUUCAGCGGUCCCUACAAGGUGUACGCGUCGUCGCUCGACCAGCUGCUCGCGUUGUCCCCGCUGCGUGUGGCCGAAGGUGGCAGCGACCUGGUCACCACCGAGCACAUCCGGCUGCUUGUUGACCACCGUGACCUGGGUGUCAGCGACACUGGCGUGCUCUUCCAUGUGAUGGACGCGCCCAAGCACGGCGCGCUCGAGAUCGAGGUGUGGCACCGUGGCACUCCCGACAAUGUGUUCACGCUGGCCGACCUGUCGACGCACAAGGUCCGCUACACGCACGACGGCUCCGAGAACCACAGGGACUCGGCCGUCUUCGAGCUCGAGUUCCGCUCGCGCACAUUCGACCUGCCUGCCGCGCUGAAGGAGCGCAAACGAUUCGUGCUUCACGUGCUCGUGUCGCCGGUCAACGACGCUCCCAGGGUCAAGGUGUCCCCGGGCAAGCAACUACGGCUCGCCAAAGGCACGCGCAAGGUGCUCUCACCCGACCUGCUGCACGCCGACGACGAGGACACCCAGCCGUCGCAGCUGGUCUACACGGUGCUAAGCCUCGGAGACGGCGACAAGGACGGCUUCAUGGAGCACGCCGAAAGGCCCGGCGAACCGCUCAGGACCUUCACACAGGAGGACAUUGACCGGCGCCUAGUGAGCUUCGUGCACCGGGGCCGCGAGGCGGAGUCGCACGUGGCGCUCGGGGUGUCGGACAAGGGUGGCGGCGGCGGGUCGCCCGGCUCGGACAGCACGCAGACCGUGGUGUUGCGCGUAGUCACCUUCGAGCUGAGUCUGGCCCUGGUCAACAACACGGGUCUCAUGGUGGCCCGCGGGGGGUGGGCGACCAUCAGCUCCGCCAACCUGUCCGCCGUCACCAACGCCCCCGACCAGAACCUCGAGAUACGCUACGAGGUGACAAGGCCGCCUCGUCGCGGUACCCUGGAGCGACUCAAGAGUACCGGCCGAUGGUCUCCCGUGGGACACUUCAGCCAGCGACACAUCGUGCGCAGCAAGGUCCGGUAUGUGGAUAAGCUCAGAGACGACCCUCAACCGACGCCGCCGAUCCAGCCGGAGCCGGGCAAAGGCGACACGGCGGUGAACGCGCCCGACGACGACUCCGCGGCCUCUGACAGCUUCCAGUUCUUCAUCUCGUGUGCCAGCGCUCGGGCGGGACCCUUCGAGUUUCGGCUGUCGUUCGAGAGCGUCCAGGCGGUGCACAACGAGCAGCUGACCCUGGAGGGCGUGCUCGAGGGCGUCGUAAGCGCCGCACACCUCACGUACGCCUCGUGGCCCAAGCCGUCGGCCGCCGACGCCGUGGUCUACACGCUCGAGCAGCCGCCACAGGCUGGUAAUCUGCUGCUCGCGGCUCUGCCGCACGGCGCCGCGGCUCCAGCGCUGCUUGCGGCAGGCAGUCGCUUCACACAGCUGCAGAUCGACCAGGGACUCCUUCGGUACCAGCUCAAACGGCGCGCCCUGACACGAGUGUCGGACGUGUUCCGCUUCCGGGUGUCCACGGACGGCGGGGCGCAGGCGCGCGACCAGGAGUUCCGCGUGUGCCACAUGCCCAAGGACGCCGUGCUCGUCAGCGAGGAGCUGACCGUCGCCGAAGGGGGUCAGACGGCGCUCGGAGGGCUGCGGCCGCUGCUGCAGGGCCGCCGGGCGCGCUUCAACGUCACGCGCGCGCCCAGCCACGGCGAGCUACGCCUUCUGGACGCCACCAGCCGAGAGCGCGUUGAGCAGCGCGCCGUGCUCAACUUCACCUCGGAGCAGAUGGAGGCCGGCCGUCUGGUGUACCGGCACGAUGACUCCGAGAACAGCCGCGACGAGUUCGACUUCGUGGCCUAUGAGCAGGGAGAACGACUGCUAUACGGCACAUUCAGGAUCUCGGUGACGAUGCGCAAUGACAACCCGCCGGUGCGCGUGGUCGACCGGGUGUUCCAGGUGGUGGCCGACUCAGAGCGGCCGCUCACCUCGCAGGACCUGCGCUACGAGGACGCCGACUCGCCUCCGUCGCAGAUUCAGUACACGCGCCGGGACAUCCCAAACGGAGCCCUGUUUCACGCCGAUAACAUGGCGAGCCAGGUGUACCGCUUCACGCAGGCCGACCUGGACAGCGGAAAGAUAAUUUUCCGGCACAGUGGCGCACCGUCAGCCCGCGCCGUACUUUGGGUGACAGACGGACAGUACUACGCAUCCGGGGUGCUCGAGAUACGUGCCUCCAAGCCGUUCGUGAGGGUGGCAGUCAACACGGGACUAGUAGUGCGGCGUGGUGAUGCAGCGCCCCUGAGUUCGGCCAACCUGUCUGCAGAGACGAACCUGCGCGCAGGAGCGGGAGCCAUCACCUACAAGGUCACCUCGCACCCUCGUCGCGGUCUGCUUAUGGUUGGAGGCGCCGAGGCCCGGCAGUUCAGCCAGACUGACCUUGAUGCUCAGGCCGUAGAGUACGAGAGCGUGGACGGCGGUCAGGACUCGGCGCCUGCUGCCGCUUACCACGACUCGUUCGGGUUCGUGGCCUUCCUCGGAGACACCACGUCGGCACCGGCCAACUUUCGGCUCACGGUGUACCCGGACAGCUUCUGGGAGCCCCUGGAGGUGUUGCGUAAUGCAACCUUGUUCGUCGACCAUGGUGACAUCGCAGUCUUGAACUCGUCAACCCUGCUUGUCAGGCACCAGGCGAUGGAGCCAGUGAACAUCACAUUCAACGUCAUCCAGACACCACUCUCCGGGCGAAUACUGUUGGGCGAAUAUGCCGCCAGUUCGUUCACGCAGGCUGACGUGAACGCGGGGAGCGUGCGGUACCAGCACACCGGUAAUGGGAGCGAAGACAGCGUUGUACUGGAGGUGUCAAACGGCAUCGCGUCCCACGAUCGACUGGACCUUUCUAUUCGCGUGGUGCCUCAGGUCAUCCUACUCGAGACAGGCAACGUGAGCGUGCAAGAAGGCGGCCAAGCUAUUUUGGACGCAUCGCACAUCAGCGCCGGACCCUUACGUGAACUUCUCCCGCAACUUCUGGUCAUCGAACCCCCGCAGCAUGGCCGCCUUUCAUCGACGGCCUUCUCUCCAGAACAACUGGACGCUGGAGAGCUCAAGUACCAGCACGAUGGCAGUGAGACACUCAGGGACUGGUUCACUGUGGUGGCCCGAGGUGCGGGUCGGGAGAGCUUGCCCGGUACGGUGCACGUGUCUAUACAGCCUGUCAAUGAUGAGGCCCCUUACAUCGGCAAUAACACUGGCCUGGACCUGUGGGAAGGCGCCGUGGCACCCAUCUCAGCCACACACCUGGCGGCCCUCGACGAUGACUCGGAGGCGUCCCAGCUGCGGUUCCACAUAUCCACACCCAGCAACGGUUACGUGGCCCUAAAGAACGACACGAAGACCCCGUUGCUGUCAUUCACCCAAGACCAGCUCAACCGUGGACUGGUCGUCUUUGUGCACACCGGUUCACCCGCUGGGGGUUUCAAGUUCCAAGUGACAGACGGUCUCAAUCAAGGUUCACCGCACGUGUUCACGGUGAACGCACGGUCGCUUAAGAUUCGCUUGGAGCACAACAAGACGCUCAGUGUUCUUCCGGGAAGCCAGCAGUCAAUCACUCGCGACCACCUCCUAGCCCGUGCUGGAGAUCACACCCGCGACGUAUCUUUCGUCGUCGUUCGCACACCACGCCUCGGCAGACUCUUACGUGAAAACCCAAGCGACGGGACCCUGGCUCAGCUCAGUCGAUUCACACAGGCGGAUAUCGACAAUUACUUGGUUCUGUACGAACACAGGUCUCCGAUGUCCGCGCCGGUGGAGUAUGACUCCUUUGUUGUCGACUUGGAGACACCCAAUGCGGUUCCCGUUAAGAACAUCUUAUUUGCCAUUCGCAUUGCCUUGGAUGACUCGUUGGCCUCUGUUCUCGGUCAACUGCGAGUGUCCGAAGGAGGAAGGGUACCGCUGUCUUCGGCGUUGGACGUGGGAGCAUUGGAGGCUCUCUGGCGGGGCAAGCCGGACGUUCCUCCUAGGCUUCGUGUUUGUCUGCUGUCGCAGCCGGUGCGUGGGUGGCUGGAGGUUGACCGUAAAAACGCCAGCGUACCAGUUUGCAUAUCAGCGCACAGCUUAGACCGCGUAGUUUAUGUGCAUGACGACUCUGAGACCUUAGACGAUUCCUUUGGAGUUGGGCUGUUUUUGUCAGCUACCGAAGAAGAUCACAGUGACAUGGCAUUGCACAACAGUACUCUGAAAGUUGCGGUAGAACCGAUUAAUGAUAAGCCUUUCAUUUUAGAGACAACGUCUCCCGUGAUCCGCAUAACUAGAGGGUACAGGACGGCUGUCACUCGGGAGACUCUCAGGACCACCGAUGAUGACGGGGCUCCUUCUCAAAUCGUGUACAAGGUCGUCAGAGAAGACGAAACUCAGGCUGCAACGCUUGUCUUGGGAGAUUCGGAUACAUCGAUAAAAAAUUUUACGCAGCAAGAUGUUGAUGAGGGAAGAUUGCACAUAGUCCACAACGGAUCGCCAAAAUCACCAUUAACUUUUAAUUUCAUCGUCAGUGACGGCGUUCACCCGACGACGCCCUUCAUUCUCACAGUGAACGUAGAACCGGUUGAGGUCCGCAUUGAGAAUGCCACCAACCUCGUCUUGCAACAAGGUGACCUCAGGGCAGUGUUAACUCCGGCGGUAUUCGGGGCCUGGACUAACGCCGACAGGGAUGACCUAGUUUACAACGUCACCUCAGCGCCGCACCUAGGACACUUGGUGUUUCCUGACGGAGCCUCGGUGGACGAUUUCACGCAAGGUGACCUCGAGCAAGGCCUCGUCAUCUACGAGCAGCAUGACCUAACUGGCUCCACAGAUUCGUUUUCUAUCGCGGUGCGCUGCGGGCCCAGCGCAGUCGUCCUUCGGAAAGUGGAAGUCAACGUGGAGGCACUCGUCAGGCAACGACCUCUGCAGGCCAUGGCGGGCCGUGCAGUCUUGAUUACCGUGGAUCACUUAGACGCUUCUAAACUGGCGGCGCGAUCAAAUGGAAACCCCCGGUACAGUGUCACGCGGCAGCCCGUCCACGGCCUUCUGCUUCUGUCCAACGGCACCGCGCAGACGGCCGUCCUGCACUUCACUCACGAGGACGUGUUGAACGAGACCGUCUUCUACCGAGCUCACAGGAGGGACCCCUCGUUGGACGUUUCGGGUAUCAUCAAAGACCACUUCGACUUCGAACUGACGGCGCCGGGAGUCCAGCCCGGCAGCAGCCGCUUCCUCGUGCACGUCCAGGUGGGCAACGGUUCUCCCGGUUUAGCGGCGACACCGCCUCAGUCGCCCACGGCCGUCGCCACGCCGUCGUCCCCCGCGGACAACACGAGCGGAACGACGUCGGACGAUCGUCCGCCGGGCGUCGUCGAAACCGGUUCGCGGGCUCCGCUCCUGACUAACGAGCACCUCGUGGUGAUCGGCGUGGCUGCCGGCGUACUUCUCCUGCUCACCGUCAUCGCCGUGGCGGGGGUAGCGUGCGGAGCGUGCCGCUCCAGGCGCGGCGGCAGCGACAAGUCCGGGGGCAGCGCGCAGUCGUCGUCGCGCGGCGGCAGCGGUCAUCCGCGAGAAGCCUUUCCCGAAGAACUGCCCACGCCGCCAGCCCCGCCGCCCACGUCUCCGUCGAGCAGCAGCAGCGAGCCUGCGCCCACGGUAGUGGCGGCGUCUGGCCCGGAUUUGGACUGCCUGCCUCCGCCGCCGUACGCGGGCGGGACAGGUGGCGGUGCGUCUGGCACAGAAGUCAGUACCGCGGUGCCCACGUGCAAGGUGACGCCCUUGGGACACGCCGAGGCGGCGAAGACACCUUCGGAAGGGGGCGCCAGCGAGAGCGACGACUGGAAUGGUGACGUGCGCUUCUCGGCACCCACGACUGUGCUCAGGAAGAACCAGUACUGGGUGUAGUCGGGAAGGGUAGUGUGAGCGCCGUCGCUUCCAACAGAGGCCUUUUUAACUUCACUCAUCGGAUCAUUCGCCUGCGUGCGUGCGUUCGUGCGAGUGUGUGCGCGUGUGCGUGUGUCCUCAGUGUCCGUGCACGCUGUUUAGGGGUAUUUUUACCUGAUGGCAUGUACUGUGUACGGGCACUCGUGGUUCCUUCACCUGUGCAAGUGCAGUUUAUUGUUCUUUGUUUUUACUCGACCGACGGGCCUUCUUUCUUGUAAGCAGUGGAACGUUGCAGGUGGUGUGCAUGGUACGUCACACAUCCUCAAAGACAGCUACAAGCGGCGGCAAACUGAACGUAUGACACACCUGGAGUUUCGACUUGUCACCGCCUUAUAAAAAGUGCAAGGCAGACGUUGUUACGGUGAUGGUACGUGGUUAAGGGAAGUGACGACGUAGCUGUUUAUUCACAAUUUCCGUAAUUGGUAAUUGCUUGGUGGAAGGAAUGUUUUUAUACGUAUCUCCGUCAUUGCUCAAAAGUAAGCCUGAAGUCACUGGAGUCCUUUCGGGAGUACAAUGUUCAGGCACUCUGGCGUGUGUGAGCACGUAAGAAAAUCGUGAAAGGUCGUCUUAACGUAGCCCUGCGCAACAUUUACCUCAACAAAAUCGGGUGAGUUACAGCAGCACCCUCUGCAGUUGUUAUCGCCACUGCAGUAGCGACAGAGGUUGGAAUUCUUCAAAUAAUAAAGCACGCAGGAAUCGAUAGCUUCCAGCCAUGUACGCUGAAAGAUAUGACAUAUCCGCGACGUCUGCAACGUCAGCAACGCACUUAGGUGUAUAGUUACGAAUUGCGCAAGUUUUGUUGCUUUCGUCAAUGCCAAUUUUACAGGUGUCCUCCAGUGACUUCAGUCUUUCUAUAGUCACCAUCAUGUCGCGCUAUUCAUGAUGCACGGACGAUCAUAUUGAGCCGUUGCAACGGUGAUCUUUUUUCCUGUCAAGAAUUGCCGCGUUCAUCUACUAUUGCCACCUCGUCAAUGUUAUCCCUGUAAUCUCAAGUCUUCCUCCGCGUACACAGUCGGUGCCGUUCGAGCGGUGAGGUUUCCGUUUUUCUUUUCUUUUUUUCCACCCUGCGAAUCCAAAAAAAAGCAAAUUUAACUCACUGACUUUACUUGUAGGCUUUACCGACAAAUUAUUUCAGUGACUCGUUGUGUAGUUUGUGUUAAUUUCCGCGCAUUCUUCAUUCCUUCAAUUUCGCAAGAUGCAAUUAUAACCGCGUCUGGCCGCAUCUGAAUCAAUUCCCUUCGUUCCGCACAUUCUUGGUGCCCUGUAUGCUCGCUACAGAUGAAACCUCGCUGUUCGAAAGGCCACGUACUACAAACCCGCAGAAAAAAAUGCCUUCUAUGUCGUCGUCGUACACAGAAGCACUAUUUUGUUACGAACACUCACUGCAGAAGCUACUUCGCGUUUCAGCGCUGCCUAACUCGUGAACACGCGCGUGUGACGCCAGAAUUUUUUGCACGCGUAAUAGCGGAUAUAUAUAUAUGCACAGGCGACUAUAGUUCACCUUCUCAUUCACUGGGGUCGCCUCUCGUAUGCUUCGCUUUUUUUUUUCAUACCCUUGUUCUUCCUCUAGUGUACACGCUAGAGCCGGUGACGGGAUUAAGGUAAACAAUGCGAACGAUAAAGGCAGAUAACUGA